CAGAUAAGCAAAUAAAUUUGAAGCUUAGUUUUAAAACCUUGGACGAAAGAUUUUAAAAUGGCUGUCGAAUGUGUGAUCAAAAAUGCGGCAAAAUCAGUUGGAGAAGGUCCCCAUUGGGAUGAUGUUACCAAUACCCUUCUGUAUGUGGACAUUCAAGAAAACGCCAUCCGCAGAUAUUGCCCAGAGAGUAAAGAGAACAGUACUAUUCAGCUAGAUGAUACAGUAGGCUUCGUAGUUCCUGCCAGAAAAGGGGGACUGAUCGCUGGAGUAGGACGUUGUCUGGUCCACGUGGACGGGGACUCCAAGAAAGUGACCAAACUCCACGAGGUGGACCAUGGACUGCAGACACGCUUCAAUGACGGCAAAUGUGAUCCCCAGGGAAGGGUCUGGGCAGGAACUAUGGGCCCUGUUGAACCAGACGUUGUAAAUAUGCCAAAGAUUGGAAGCUUAUACCGUCUGGAUUUGGAUGGCAGCUUACAUACCAUGGUCAAAGAUGUUGGUGUGUCUAAUGGUCUUGCGUGGACAGCAGAUGAUAAGUUCAUGUUUUAUAUCGACUCAACACCGCGUCAAAUCUACCGCUAUGAUUUUGAGAAAUCUACAGGAAAUAUAUCCAACAAGAAAGUGAUUGUAGACAGUGCGGGGAAGCCAAUAAAUGACUACGGUUUUCCUGACGGUAUGACAAUUGACACGGAAGGCAAACUUUGGGUAGCUUGUUUCUCCGCCAGCAAAGUCAUCAGAUACGAUCCAGAAACGGGACACCAACUGCAAAGCAUUUACAUUCCUUCUGCUUCAAGAAUCACCUCUUGCUGCUUUGGAGGGAAGAAUUUAGACGAACUUUAUGUCACCUGUUCGGCGCAUGAAGUUCCGCCAGAAGAAUUCGAGAAAUAUCCGUUGUCUGGGUCCGUUUUUCGAGUAACUCAGCUAGGAGUGAAAGGACGAAAGGCGCAUGUUUACGAGGGAGAAAUUAAAGCCCUUAACAAAUAAAGCACAAGUUUUUACAUAUUUUUAGUGGAAAUAUUAAUCAGAAGGAGAAAUACAACAAUUGCAAUGUAAUAACAUUUUGGAAUAUAACUCUGUAGAAAUUGCAACUUUUUAAUUUUUCAUUAUAAAGAAUAUACAGUACAUGUAAUUAACCAAGUUUAUGGUUUCAGUUUUGUUUAACAUAAUCAGAUACAAUAUUCAGAAAUGUUUUGAAUAUCAAAAAUUGUAUCCAAAGAUUUAUACAUGUAUAAUGACAAAAUGUUUCGAAAGUAAACGUUGUCCAUACUGUU